UACCUAGAGUUAAGCUCAAAUUCAAUAACUGGAACUAUUGAUGAAUCUUAUUGCUCUGUGCGUUUAAAUAUUUAUAGAAACUUAAUGACAGGUAAAAUUCCAGAAUGUUUUACAUGCCAUUUUAGCGAUUUAUAUUUUAAAUCAAACUUUGAUCUUAAUUUUUUUGAUAACUACGAUACAAUAGGAACAUGCAAAACUAUUCCAAAAUUAAAAUAUUUAAAUCAAACUUUUUGGAAACAAAACAAAAUAGUAACAGAACCAGUAUUAUCAUUAAUCGGUCAAAAUAUUGGAUAUUCAAUAAGUGAUAUUGAAACAAAUAUACCAUUUAAUUUCAUGUUAAAAGCCAAUUCAAAAUUUAUAAAAUAUGACUCCUAUACUCCAAAUAGAAUUAUUCACGAAAUAAGUUUCAGGAGUACAGGUCAAAACUUCACAUUAACUCCAGAUCCAUAUCCACCAUUAUUAUCAAAUAUAACAUCAAAUAAUCAUAUUUUGGAAUUCAAAGGUUUAUAUUAUUCAUACGAUAUCACUGAAAUAACAAUUACAAUUGGUGAUAAAUCUUGUGAUGUAACUGAUUCAACAUUUUAUCAAAUCACAUGUACUUUAAUAACAUAUCCAAAUCAACUGAAUAAUGUAUCAGGCACACUCAAAGUAGAUCAAUUACAAACAACAUUCAAUUUAAAUUUAGAUAACAACGAUGGUAACGAAGUAUUCAACAACUAUACAUCAUGUCCAGACAACUGUGAAUCAUAUAAUGGUAAUAUAUGCAACUAUAAUACUGGUAUUUGUGAAUGCCCAAAAGACUGGACCGGUGAAAACUUAUUUAACAACUAUACAUCAUGUCCAGACAACUGUGAAUCAUAUAAUGGUAAUAUAUGUAACUAUAAUACUGGUAUUUGUGAAUGCCCAAAAGACUGGACCGGCGAAAACUGUUAUACUCCAAUCUAUUAUGUAUCAUCAAUAACACCAACAUACGAAGAUGGUGGAUUAGUAACAAUGAAUGGAUGGUUCGGUGAUAUUCAUAAAGAUUUGAAUAUAACAAUCGGUAAUCAAGAAUGUAAAAUAGAUACAAUAUCAUCAAAUACAAUCACAUGCAACAUUGGAGCAGGUACAGGUAAAAAAGAUGUAAUCGUAUAUCAAAAUGGAAUCACAUGGAAAUCAUUCAACUUUUUUGUAUACCAAUCAAAACAACAAACAUGUUUAAACAACUGUAUCGAUACUAACCAUGGUAUUUGUAAUACAUCAAAUGGUAUUUGCGAAUGUAAAUCAAGAUGGACUGGAUUCGAUUGUAGUUCACCUUCAAAUAACAACAACAAUAACAAUGGUAAUACCAACAAUACAGUUAAUCCAGAUGGCUCAACAACAAUCAAUAACGAUCAAACAACAUACAAUAUAUUAAUCACAUCAUUAUUAGAACUCGAUAUCAACAGUGACACAGUUAAACAAUAUCCACUUCAAAACAAUUGGAAUAUUACAUCAAAUGAUAAAAACGGAUCAAAUGUUACAUUCACACAAAUAUUAAACGAAACUGAAUGUCAAAUCGUAUUAUCAAUUCAAGAAAUAGAAAAUGAUAUUCAAUAUUCAUUCGCAGGUUUAGAAUUCAAAUUAGAUAAAGGAUCGAUUAAAGUAUCAGUAUCAAUUCACAAUUACAACUAUCAAAGUCCACUCAACACAUUACAAUUACAAAUGAUAUCAAAUGUAUCAGAUACAACAUCGAACGAUUGUAACAGUAAAUCAGCAUCAACAUCAACAUCAAUAUUAGACAAUCAAACAUUAAACUAUAUAUCGAUCAACAAAGACAACAAGAUUCUAUAUGGUAGAUUUAUAAACAGAGCAAUAUCAGAUGGACACACAACAUUAAUCACCACAUCAUUAAUAUCGAGUCAAAACGAAUCAGUAACCAUUGGUAUUAACAUUCCACAUUGCAGAACAUCAUGCUAUAUCGAUCCUGACUUUUCAUUAUUGAUUAGUCCUGAUUUCAAAUCAAACUGUAACAACAAAUCCAAAAAGUAUGUAAUUCCAGUUGCUGUUGUUGUAAGCUGUAUCGGUGUAGCUGCAAUUGUUACGAUCACAUAUUUUAUUUAUAAAAGAAAACAAAAGAAAAUUUUUGAAAAGAAAAUUAUUAAUUUAAAUAAUUUAAAUAAUAAAUAA